GCAACCGUACAACUAUACAAGACAACUUGCGGAAAAUUUUCAGUUAUUGUUUGAUGCAUUAGCCGUGAGGAGAUAUUACAUUCGCACAAACGCUCUGAGUAGUGAAAGAUUAUGUAUUUGAACAGUAGUGCGACGAAUCAGUUUUUGCUGGUCCUAUCCGCGAGCUUACUCAUCGCGUCAUUUGGAACAUCAUGCGGUUGGCCGUCGUUCAGUUUUCUCGUUUUGGAAUCGGAGGAUACGCCGCUGAAAAGCGGACCAUUAACGACGGAAGAAUUAUCCUGGAUUGUAUCGAUAUUUUGUUUCGGUGGGGUGGCCGGGAAUUUUUCGUUCGGUUGGCUUGUCGGUAAAUUGGGACGGAAACAGAUUUUGUAUAUUCUGUCGAUACCGCAAAUAUUAAGCUGGAUCCUGAUUAUACUUGCCCAAAACGCCACCUUUCUGUAUGCAUCACGUCUGUUGGUCGGAAUAGUGGGCGGUGGGAUCUAUGUGAUUGUACCAGUUAUUAUAGCAGAGGUAACGGAGGAUAGAGUAAGGGGAAUGUUAACAUCAAUACUAUCGCUGGCAUGCAAUGCUGGCAUACUAUUAGCAUUCGUUGUUGGACAUUUUUUCGAUUACACAAUUGUUGCACAAAUUCUACUUAUCCUUCCAAUCGUCUAUGUACUUCUGGUGGCACCGUUCCCAGAAACACCAUCGUAUUUAAUGAGCAUAGAUAGAACCGAGGAUGCAGAGAAAGCUUUCAAAUUUUAUCGAAAUAUAAAAAGAAAAUCACAGAUAACCGACACGUUCCGCAAUGAAUUCAAUGAAUUGAAACAGAAGUUUUCCGAGAAGAACGAGAAGAGUGUCGCAGCAUCAUCGCUUGCAUGGAGAGAUUUCGCACCUAGAGCAUCGCAGAGAGCUCUGUUCGUAGCAAUUAUGAUAAUCGUGAUAAACGAAUGCAGUGGCGCGUUUAUACUGUUGAGUUACACCGCAACGAUAUUUGCAAAUUCUGGUUCCGUUCUAUCGCCAAAUUUAUCAGCAAUUAUUGUUGGAGUGAUUCAGUUGGCUGGUACAUACAUCUCCACGAUUUACAUCGAAAAGACAGGGCGCAAGUUCUUGCUCAUUGUAUCAUCUGUCGGUACGGGAAUUGGUAAUUUACUUCUAGGUGCUUACAUGUACUUAAACAGCGUGUGGGAAUGUGACUUAACGUCCAUGGCUUGGAUACCAAUUGUUAGCUUUUCAAUGAUUGUACUGCUGGCUUCAAUAGGACUGAUGCCGAUCUCGUUUGUUUAUGUCACUGAAGUAAUGCCAGAAAAGAUUCGCAGUAUUGGUAUUGGCAUCUCGCUUGCGAUGUCUUGGGUAAUCGACUUCGUUAUUUUGAAAUAUUUUGCAACGAUAAGUGCUGUAAUUGGUAUGCAUAGUUGCAUAUUGUUUUUCGCAUUGAGUUCGUUUAUGGGUACAUUUUUCGUCAUUUACGCCAUGCCGGAGACAAUGGGCCGCAGCUUCAAAGAAAUACAAAAGAAAUUGGAAUGGUGAGAUGAAGAGGAAGAUUGGAUGGCCAAAGUCUUGUUCGGAGCAGAAUUUUAGCCUAUCAAGCAAAUGACACAAUUAAAAGAAGGCAGUGCUAACAUAAGGACGACUUUCAAAAAAAGAUGACUUGAAUGAGAUGAUAAGAUUUUUGCUCUGUAACUGAAUCACUUUGACGAUGGAGUCGAGACAUUUAUGGGACGAUUGAUUUUUGUUUGCCAGGUCACAGUCCCUAAAUUAUUUUGUAGUGCAUUACUAACAACAGCUGGUUUAGUUCAACUGACGAACAUUGUAAAACGUUUGUUUAGUUUGCAUUUAUCGAGCUGGUCUCUUCGCGCGAGUGUCAGACGAGUUCCAACCGAUAAAUGUAGAUUGUACUAACAAUUCAACAGAGACCAGAUGUUGCUGGUUAUACAUAAGAAAAUAAUUUAAGGACUGUAGAGUGUAGGUAAAGCUUUUUGAAAGCAUUUCUUGAAAGCACUGACUCAACUCACCACCAUUGAGCUACCGUGUACAUUCUCUUUGCGAAGCCGAUCACUUGUCGAGCUUCUUCUCACACACAAACAUUAGGGCGUAUCGAA